UAAUGCAUCUACCAUUUAUAUUUCCAUGCAUAUAUAUAUUCCGAGUCAAAGGUCCAACAAUAAAAUAAAGCAGCAAAAUCAACUAACGUUGUUGAUCAGCUUUAUGUUCUACUAUGGAGUAAUUGCAUUUGGCAUGAAAAAAUCAAUUUCACCCAUUUCAAAUCAAUAGAAAAGAAAAGCAAAAGGAAAAAAAAUCUGAAAAAGGAAGCCAUGGCAAAAAUUAACACUCUAAUCCUAGUCAUACUAACAUCAUCAUUGCUGAUUCCGCCGCCGCAGACGGAAUCAACGCAUACCGGCGAAAAGAGGAAGGUCACGCGCCUCCGCUUCUACCUCCACGACUUCAUCGGCGGGGACAGCCCCACCGUGUGGGCGGUGGCGAGUUGCAACCUGACCGACGUCCUCCCGUCGAAGUUCGGUAAGUUUCUCGUGCUCGACAACCUCGUGACCUCGGGCCCCGGCCUCGACUCCCCCGAGGUCGGGCGAAUGCAGGGGACCGUGGGCCAGGCCGACCUUCACGAGAGGGCCCUCGUGAUGGUCUUGAACCUCGUAUUCACCAAGGGCGAGUACGAGGGGAGCACGCUCAGCAUUCUCGGCCGGAACCCCUUGACCCAUGAGGUCAGGGAGGUCUCGAUCGUGGGUGGCACUGCCGCGUUUAGGAUGGCCACCGGUUAUAUUCUCACGAGUACUUAUUUCAAGGACCCCGCCGGUGUUUGUAAUGUGUACGAGUACGAUGCGGUCGUGUAUCAUACGGAUCGUAAUGUUUUGUUGUCGCAUCGCCGAUGAUAUUAGGGGUCUGUUAGUUUAUUCGAUUUUGGUUAACGAUGUUGAGAAUUCUAUUGAUUUAUGCGAAUUCAGGGUUGUGAAUUGAUUGAUAGACUCUUCAGCGUGUCACGCCGUGUUUCAAAUAUUUGAAAAAAAAAAGCUUGAAAUAUAACUUGGAAUCAUAUUAUUGUGCCUUGAUAAAA